UUAAUGCACGGACCUAACACCCCGGUGGCGUAACCGCAAGUUGUGAGAGGGACCUCAUACGGCAUAGAAUAUGGAAUCCUUACGCGUAGAGGAUGCCUCUGCCUUUCUUUUCUAAUCAAUCAACUUUAAAAUAAUGUCACUCUCACCCGCAACUAAUAUAACUACAUAGAUGUACCCCAGUCUGCAGCUAAAACGAAGCCGUCAUAGCUGUAGUCAAAAGCCGCAUAAUUCCCAUACAAAUGCAAUCACACUUUCCACCACAUUGCAAUCAAAGUCUUUCACAGUAAACACAAGAACGUCCGCACCCACAAGCAGUCAGUCAUGAAUUUCCCUUGACCAGGUAAUCCUCCUCCUCCCCUGAUCUUCAUCUCUUGCCUUUACUCAGAAGCCAUGACUGACACCCAGAGACCCAUUUCACAGAAACAAUAAUCCUCUGCAGCAUUAGAAAAAAUCCCAUGUCCCAUAUCAGAUAUAAUUCAAUGUUCCCCUGUUCUUCAUCUCAAUGUUUUCCCACACCCAAGUAGAAGAACAAAAUCGAUGGAACAGCAUCCUGAGGGAGAUUUCAAUGUUUCAUCUCUCCACCCAGAGCAAUGCUUUGCGGUGAUCGAGCAGCUCAUAGCGAUUCUCUUAAUCAGUUGCUCCAAACUCAAGGUCUUCAUUGGUCGCUGGCAAAUAAUCCGCACCCGGCUAGAUGCACUAAAGGUCUGCAUAACAGACGUGUCGGAAUCCCCUCACUGGAGCGAGAAUGAGCUCUUGACUGACCUCUUACCCGGCGUCCAUGCAACUCUGCUGCAGACCCGGGAGCUGACCCAGCGCUGCAGCGACGGGUCCUUCGGCGGGAAGCUUCUCAUGCAGAGCGACCUGGAUGUGGUGGCGGCGAAGCUCAAUCUCCAUGUACAUGAUCUCGAGUUGUUGAUUAAAACGGGUGUUUUGAAUAAAAGCAAUGCGAUUGUGUUGGCCCGGCCAGGCCCUGGUGCAGGGCGGGAGGAAGUAUGCCUUUUCGCCCGGGACCUGUUUGCCCGGGUCCAGAUCGGCCACACCGACUUCAAGCGCAAGGCCCUUGAGUCCCUCAUACAGCUCCUUUCUGAGGACCCUAAAAAUGCAGUUUUGGUGGCCCGGGAAGGCGACAUGGCCUGCCUUGUGCACAUUCUGGAUUCCCCCAAUGUGCUGAAAGAGCUCGCGGUUGAGGCCGUCGCGAUUCUGGCGCAAACUGACGGGUGCCGCCAUGGGUUGGUUAUCGAAGGUGCGCUUGGCCCGUUAGUCCGAAUGUUGGAAACCAGUGGGGCGGCUUGUAAGGAGAAGGCGGCUCUUGCUAUCGAGGGGCUCACUCGGGAUGGGGAAAAUGCUUGGGCUCUUGCGGCUUAUGGUGGGGUUUCGGUGCUUAUUGAGGUGUGCCAGUCUGGUGUGGCGGCCGUCCGGGCACCUGCUGUGGGCGCUCUGAGAAAUGUGGCGGGUGUGAAGGAGAUUAGACAGGCCAUGGCGGAGGAAGGGGCGAUUCCUGUAUUGCUUAGUCUGGCGGUCUCGGAUUCGAUCCCUGUUCAGGAGAACGCGAUUGAAUGUUUGCAUGCGUUGGCUUCUAAUGAUGAAAAAAUGCGGCAGAUGAUUGCUGGAGAGGGCGGAAUUCAGUCACUUUUGGGACUGCUGUCCGAACAGGCCACGCCCAAAUCGCAGGAAUUGAUUAUCAGAGCAAUCAACAGCCUUUCUGCCUCCCUUACUGCUGCCAAGGCCCUGAUUUCUGCAUCUGGUUUUCUCAAACAGCUUGCUUCAGUUUUGAAAAAUGGUCACUCUACAGUACAACAAUUGGCAGCAUCGGCCAUCUGCAAUCUAUCCUUCAAUAAGGAGACAAAGAAAGCAUUGGGCGAGGCUGGGUGCAUUCCUCCACUUGUCAAAAUGCUUGAAGCCAAGCCCAGUACUUCUCAGGAGAUGGCUGCACAGGCACUGUCUUCGUUACUGGUUGUGGAGACUAAUAGGAGGGAAUUUGUCAAGGAUGACAAGAGUGUUGCACGGCUGGUGCAGUUGCUAGAUCCAAGGAACCAAACUGUGGCUAAAAAAUUCCCACUUUCAGCCCUACUUGCUCUUUCUACCAGCAAAAGUUGCAGGAAGAAGAUUGCCAUGGCUGGAGCAUGCCAGCAUCUGCAGAAGCUUGCAGAGAUGGAGGUCACUGGUGCAAAAAAGAUUCUUCAGAGAAUUGCAGGAAGCCGGCUCCGCAACAUCUUCAGCAGGAGAUGGAGAGACUAAUUUAGAUUUGAUUGAUCAGGUAUACCAUACAUCGUCCUAAUAGGCUCACCCUGUAACCAAUUCAAUUCAACUCAGAUAAUACCACUUCCCUCAUUCAUUUGCACCUUUGUUAACCCCACCUCCAAUUACCCUUGUGGAAAUCAAGCCUCCUCAAGCCUCCUCAAGCCUAAGGGUUUUAAGCAUAUCCAGGAUGUGGGGUUUUUCCCUCACAAUAUAUUGUUUUUAUGUCUUUUUCCUCAUUGACCAACAUUUUCAGCACACCUGGUAUUGCGUUUGUGUAAACCAAGCCCUCAUUGUAGUAUCGGAGUAUUUGAGAUUCCAUACAAGAGGUAUCAGAACAUUUGCGCUCCUUACAAGUGGUAUUGGAACAUUUGGGUUUCCUCACAUUUAGUAUCCAGGAUGUGGGUUUUGUCUUCCUCGUAUUUAUUGUUAUAUUUUAUAAAUACUCUAAUUGCUUAACUUGGGCCUUUGUUCUCAGUCACGAUUAGGUCCUCGAAUUACCCUCUCCUCAAUAACAGACAGUGUGUAGGAUGUUGAUUAGUUUCUUUCCAUCAGUCCGCAACAUUCAUACAGCUCCAUUCCCAAGGCGGGAGUUGUCAUCAGGCCUUCAGGCUUUAUGAUCAUGUUUACUAAGCGUAUAUAUAUCUUAUUCAGAUGUUUUGGCAUAGUUUGGUAUGGAUUGCAAUCUGUGACAAACUUGGGCGUAGAACCAUUGUCAGGAGUGGUCUUGAUCCAACAAGUUCUCUUGUAUACACAUUCAUAUCAUAUAAUAUUGUUUAGUCCAUAUGCUUGGUCUGAUUGGAUGGGCAGCUGGUUCAGGAUAACAUAUUUUUUUCACAAUGUAAUGAGGGCAUCAUGCUUAAAGUGUGUUUAAUAUUAUAGUAUACUUGUGCAGUCAAUUCAAUAAUCAAAUAAUAUGUAAAUGGUUUUUCAGACCAAUUUUGUUCAUAAUAUCAGUGGUCGAUAGAGGGAUUUUGUCUUGUUUAAUUCCUCCUAUGGAGUGAAAAAACUAUAUAAUUUACUGAUUUUAUUCUUAUCA